UUUCACGCGGCGCAGUAGAUGACAAAUCUAUACUUAGCCUAACUAUGUUGACUCUGAUAAAGAAUGGUACCCCAUUGUUUUGUUUUUUUUUUUGCUCAAUCUUUUGUUUUAUUUAAAUUUCUUUUUCGGUUUAUUUUUAUCGUUGAUCCUGUCAAUUCAAAAUUUGUCUUACGAUUUUUGAAACGCAAGUAAAAAAAUAAAUGGGCAACGGGGUCGUUCUCGCAUGUAUAUGAAAUUUGUUGCUCUAAUUUAUCUAUUCUUUUAGUAGAUAUGGUCAGCAACAGCCGUCUCAAUGAGCGAAAGGGUAUUACGUCAGACAGCAAAAAAAUAAAUGUUUUAAAAAAAAAAUAAAAAAUAGAGAGAGAAGCGGAAUGAAACGCACAAAGUUGAAAUUAUCGUGCAUAUAUGCUGUACAGCCCCCAUACUGUCUGAGCAUUGUAUGGGAAAUAUUCCUUCUUCCCGUUCAUAAUAGUCGUUGGGAUUAUGAGCACGUCUGCAACAAGAUACGCGUAUGUGGGUAUUUUUUUACCCCGUGUGCAACGAACAAUAGUAUCGAAACGGUACCGUACCUGACUAAAACGAGUUUGAAGUAACGCUUUGCAAACGUUUCUGGUGAAGGAUAAAAACAAUUUUGCAUAUUAAAAAGAUGUUUAGAUGUAUUGGUCGUGUAGAGCGUAUGUUUAUUCUAGCGUGGGGCACUGUCGUUAAAGAAAGAUUCGUAGUAAAUUUUCGAUUUCAUCACAGGACAGAUAUCUUAUUAUGCUUUAAGAAAAUAUGUGUUUAACUUCAUAGUACAAUAACUGGAUCGAGGCUGUGAUAACUUCCGAGAAUGUGUCUGUAAAUGGGGGCAUUCCCAUACGAUAUGUUUUGAUCUCGUAUAUGCUGGACCCUUUCCACGUGAGUUAUGAGCA